UGUUGCAGCUCCUGAAUCCUGCUUUUUUUUAAGUCUUUUUUAAUAUUUACACACAAAAAUACAAAAUUUAAAUAUCACUAGUUAUGUGGCAUGCAAUAAAAACAACGGAAGAAAAUUAUUUCUUCAAAUGUUCCUCUCAAGAAGAAAACAGUAUAACGUAUUAUUUAUAUGAUCUCAAAGAAGUUUGGUCAGAAAAAUGUUCCAUCACCGAGAUUAUUCAACGAUCAAAGAACUUGAACAAACGCAUCUGUUAUGACAGUGAAACUGUGGUUGCAACUCUAAGAUCUGGCAAACCAUCUAGUGUCUCCAUAGAAUCUACAGAUUAUGGUCGAAAUGUGAUUUUGAAGUAUCACAUCAUGGAGCGACCUUUUAACUUCGAAUGGAAUCUCACACCAUUGCAUGCUGAUGAAUUCCAGAAGCUUAUCACGAAUCCCCUAUUCCUAUCAAUUCACUAUUUGGCGGAACAAAUCAAAGAACUAAAGAAAAUAAUUAACAAAAAAGACGUUGAAAUAAAGCAGUAUAUUGCAGAAGGAGCUGUCUUGCAAAGGAAAACCGUAGCAACAGAAGAAUUCAAUGAAGAAGCAUUUAACCGGCCUUUUUCACAAGUCGAUGAAGUGUCAAGAGGCUUCUUGGAAAUAUCUGAGAGUAUUAAAGGACAUUUUCCUCUCGCCGAAAUUAAAGUCAUUGUAACAGAAAAUAACAAAGAAAAAACAAAUCGGCUUACGACAUUUGUUUCCAGAGACAAAACCAAAAAAAGUCCUAACAAGAAAAGAAAACUCUUCGAAAGUCGCAAUCUUAAAAUGUCCAAAAUAGCAAAAUCGAAGCAAAAAGAAUCAUUGGAAUAUGAGUCUAGUCAGAGUCAAAGCUUGAGCCAAACGCCACCGCCGUUGCCUUCGCCACCGUCGCCUCAAGAUGAUGUAUUAGCUGGAAUUUUUCAAUCGUUAAACGAAUUGAAUGCCAAGCGUCUAGCUUCGAGUUUAGAAGUAGAAAAGCAUGAUUCUCUUUAAAUUCUAUGUUAUUUGUGAUAAAUGUACAUUAUGUAUGUAAUUAUAAGCUCUAAUUCAAAUUUAAUAUAUUGCAAGUUAAUAAAUUUUGGUAUAUGUAUAUUUUUCCACAAAAA